UAUCGCGGAAGUAAACAUUAAGAAGCCGAGAGAUUUAACGCUGCGUCACAAAGUUCUGACGGUCUGAAAGUGUCUGAUUUCUGUCCCGGAAUCUGGUUCACUGAGAGCGGUCAGCAGCAGGAGUUUGCUCCCGGAGUCUGGUUCACCGAGAGCGGUCAGCAGCAAGAGUUUCUGCCCGGAGUCUGGCUCACUGAGAGCGGUCAGCAGCGACUUUUUCUUCACGAUUCACGGUUGAGUUCGGUCCUGUUCGGCGAUGUCGGUGACGGUAAAGGCCUACCUGUUGGGGAAGGAAGAGUCGGUGAAGGAGAUCCGGAGGUUCGCGGUGGAUCAGGACGUGUCCUGCAGCUUCGAGUAUCUGAGCAAGAAGACCGCGAGUGUGUUCAGCAACCUGAAGAGCGCCAGCUUCAACCUGUUCUACAGAGAUGAAGAUGGAGACCUGGUGGCGUUCUCCUCUGACGAUGAGCUGAUGAUGGGUCUGGGCUGUAUGAAGGACGCCACGUUCCGCCUCUUCAUCAAAGAGAAAAAGGAGCACCGUCGGGACUUCCCUCUUCAUGCCUUCCCUCCCUUCGCCUUCGGCCCCCCUCCACCUCCACCUGGAGCUCCCCAUGCCCCACCACCUCACAUGGCCCCGCCCCCAGUCCUUCACCCUAAUGUCACCUGUGAUGGCUGCGAUGGCGCCGUGAUCGGGACGCGCUUCAAGUGUUCCGUUUGCCCGAACUACGACCUGUGCUCCACCUGCCAGGCCCGCGGGACGCACACUGAGCACGCGCUCCUGCCCAUCUGGCACCCGCUGCAGGUGAGGAUGCCAGAGUGGUUUCCUCGAGGGAAGUGGAUGAAGAGAAUGAGACACUGCAUGUGGAACCAAAACCAGAACCAGAACCAGGCUCAGGCUCAGGACCAGGACGAGGACCAAGACCAGGACAAGGACCAAGCAGGAACCUCCAGACCUGCAGCUGACUGCAGUGCCCCCUCUGCUUCUCAGGCCAACAUGGCCUUCCUGAAGAACAUUGGAGAAGGUGUGGCCGCCAUGUUGAGCCCACUGGGUAUUGAUGUGGACAUCGACGUGGAGCAUGAAGGCCAGAGGACAAAGGUAACCCCACCCUCUUCAAGUGAAGGGGCAGAGGGUGAUGUGGAGAUGGAUGGAGCCAGCAGUGAGGGGGGAGGCAAUGGAGAGGAUGGGGCCAACCAGGGGUCAAAGGUGAGUAGGGACUCUGAUGAGGAGUGGACUCACCUGAGCUCCAAAGAGGUCGACCCGUCCACAGGGGAGCUGCAGUCCUUGCAGCCCAGGGAACAGGACCAGGAGCCCCUGACAGAAGGCCAGCAGGGACCAACAGGUCUGAGGGAGGCGGCCCUGUACCCCCACCUGCCUCAAGAGGCAGACCCUCGCCUGGUGGAGUCUCUGGCCCAAAUGCUGUCGAUGGGCUUCACUGAUGAGGGCGGCUGGCUGACCCGCCUCCUUCAGGCCAAGAACUUCGACAUCGGAGCCGCUCUCGACGCCAUCCAGUACGCCAAGCAGCCCCCUCCAAAGCCCUGAUGACAUCAUCGCCACGUCACUGCUGACAUCACCAUAUACGUCAAACAAUACGAAGCUGUUUCCUUUAUUUCUGAGCUCAUGAUCUGUCAGUGGAUGACUGUUUAUCUUUACUUUUACUCAUUGAUGACUGUUAAUCGAUGCUUUUACUCCAUGAUGACUGUUAAUCACUACUUUUACUUACUGAUGACUGUUUGUACUGCUUUCUCAUCUUUGUCUGACAGUUUCUGUUAGUCAAUAAAAAGCUAUAAGUUUAAACUCAA